AUGGAAAGUUUUAAACCAUCUAAAUUUCCAUUCGCCAAUCGUCUGAAUUGUCGGCAAUGGCGAAGCGACACAGACUUGCAAUCAUCGCUUCCUCCGAUCCAAAACCGCAUUGAGGAAACGAAAUCAAAGCAGCUAAAUAGCAGCGGAAUACGUCCGAGUCGACCUGGAACUCCCAACGUGUGUAGGGGACAAACAUUGUUUUCUUGCGGUAAAACAUCCAGGCUAUCGCCAAGGACCUCCCCAAAACGACUCUCCCUGUCACUUGAUUUGAGACCAGUUAUAGAAGGAACUUGUUUAAGACGGCACAGUGGUGGCUUAGCGGAUAGCUCCACUAACGAUGAGUGGAGCCCUCGGCCGUGUGUUCGAAGCCUUCCUCCCAGCCCGGCGUUACAGCGAAGCCUCCAUCGUUCCUUGCGACACGUGUCGACUGAUUCCGAACAGGUUGAUGACAAGUUUAAAGAUGAUCGAAUAUUGAAUUGGAUUCGUGAUGUUUCGGGGAAGACUUUUGAUCAAAAUAGUAACAUUGACGACGAUGACGAAGAAGUAUUUAAUAGUUCUUAUGAAGCUAAGACUACAGAGGACCCUUGUGUUACUGGUCUUCCCGUCAUUCAAGAAGGACAAAAGGUUUAA